AUGGGCAGCCUCGCGGCUGAAUUUGCAGUGAAAGAUCUUGGACCUCUCAGUUAUUUCUUGGGUAUUACGGUUACUCGUACUGGUUCCCAAAUGUUUCUUUCGCAACAAUCUUAUGCUCUUGACAUUGUCAAUCGAGCGGGCAUGGCCACAUGCAACCCUGUUGCAACUCCAGUGGACACAAAACCGAAGCUUGGCACAACAUCUAGUGUUCCUUUUGAUAACCCCACAUUAUACCGAAGCCUUGCUGGUGCACUUCAGUAUCUCACGUUUACUAGGCCUGACAUCAGUUAUGCGGUUCAACAAAUCUGCAUUCAUAUGCAUAACCCAAGCUCCGCUCACUGGAACGCUUUAAAGCGUAUUAUUCGUUACAUUCGCGGCACAUCCACUUAUGGUCUCACUCUCUCACCAUGUUCUGACAUCUCUCUUUGA